UAUUCCCUGUAUAAUGGGACACUUCCGGUGAAAACUACGACUUUUGCCGAUGUUUCCAACAUCGGCAAUGUUCGGGUGAUGUAAUACCGAGUAAGAGUUAUGCCCCUUAUUGUAAACAAUCAUGGCGACUGACAGAGAUAGCUGUGGUCGAUUCAAAAAGAAAAAGACCGGUAAUCACACCAAAAUAUUAAAAUCGAACGUGCUCAUCGACCACAACUACCCAGCUUGUCAUGUUUGCUACGGUGAUCCUUGCAAGGACGACGACUGUCCACUUUUUCGAAACAUCAAACUCGGCAAAUACGCAAGCAGAGAUGGAUGGAAAGAAGGGCGAAGGAUCGUCGAGCUCGGGGAACUUCUCUCAAAUCUCGUCGCUUGCAAGUACUGCAAAUUGGGCCCUAUUCCAUUAACGUAUGGGAAUAUUGUCGGUGAGAUGAGGAAAGGACUUAGCGGCUAUUUGUACGUGAAAUGUCAGAACGUGGAAUGUGGGCAAAUAAACAUGGUUCCAUACGGGAAGACACACAGGGAGAAGAAGGGGAAGUCAGGGAUGCCAUGUUUUGUUAUCAACACAAAGCUUGGAACAGCUAUGAUCGAUAGCGUUGGGGGACCAGACAGGAUGAAUAAUCUCCUUUCGACAUUAAAUAUCAAACCCAUCAACCAGAGAAGCUUAAAAAGCAUGGAACGGAGGGCUGGAGGCUAUGUUGAAGCUGUUGCCAAAAAGUCGACUCAACAGGCUGCAAAUGAUUCAUUUAGAAUGGAGAUGGAAGACAUUGCAGAAGAGGAGAGUCGACAAGCUGCAAAGAUCAUGGGGGAGGUGAUCGAAGAUUUAGGAGUUUGUCCUCUACCAGACGCACCUCCUGAAAUUAGAUUAUUGAUGUCAUCCUACUCCUCUACUGUACCAGUAGUUGAGGCUAGUUCUGGUGAUGAAAGUGGACAUUCUUACCAGACUCCUCAAGCAUCGAAUAUUGAAAGUCCACCAGUCUCAUGUUCAAACAGUGUAAACACUCCAUCAAAUCUAGCCAGCCUUGUUGCCAAAAUAAAAGAAAUUCCUCAGGCCCCACACAAACAACCCGGCAAGAAGAUCUUAACAUCUAAGAAGCGUGUGAGACUUGCAUCAAGAUUUCCAUGCAAGACCAGAAGUGGAAUGUCUUGUGCAGUUGAUACAGCCUGGCAUAAAAGGGGAUUUGACAGUCUUACAUCACACACGUUCUUCAUGAGCAAGGCCAAAUAUGGAAAGAAGGUAGUUAAAGCACUAGUGGGUCACCGAACAUGCGGCACAUGCAAGUGGUGGAUGAGGAAUAGACCUGGACUACCAAUCCGAAAGCACAGAUGUGUCCUAAAUCACUUCGGUAGUGCUCGGUUAAUGGAGUGUAAAAGUGGGGUUCAAGGCAUCAAGGAGCUUUCUGAGGGUGGGACUCCUGUUGAUUACCUGGAAGGAGACGGUGAUAAUACUAUGAUUGCUCAUAUCAAAUCAGACUUGAACAUUACCAUGAAAAAACGGUUUGAUAGAAAUCACGUCGUGAAAAACAUAGGGAAAAGCUUAUAUGCCUUGCAAGGAAAAAAGCUCAGUAGGAGUGUGAUUAUGCACAUUCAGAAAUGUCUGAAAUAUGCAUUCGCCAAAAACCAAGGGAACAAGGAAGGACUGGAGAAAAAUCUCAAAGCGUUGAUUCCUCAUCAAUUUGGAGAUCACAGUUUAUGUUUUCCCAGAUUCUGUGGCUUCAGACGUACAUCAUCAAAUGAGAAGUAUACUCAUAAAAGUUUACCCUACAAAGCAGCUCUCAAAGAUGAUGAACUACAGUCAAAGCUGAAAAAACUGUUCAAGCCAGUUAUUGCUAAUGCUGAACAAUAUGCUGAUUUAGGCUCUAGUCAACAGUGCGAACAUGCAAAUCGCGAAGUCACAUUGAGGGCACCAAAAUCUUUGCAUUAUGGAAAUUCAGAGUCCCUGGACUUUCGUGUUGCAGCAACAACAGCCUUUAUUAAUGAAGGACGAAGCUAUGUGUCUGAGGUCAACAUGGCAGCAGGAAUUUCUCCCGGGACAUUUUCUGUAAAAUAUGCUGCUAAGCAAAUGAAGCGCAGAAAACGUGUACAACGAAAAUCCCAAUUACCCUCAACAAAAAGAAGACGUGUUACCCUGAAGCAGGAACGUGUAAUCGCACAGGGAGCCAAUGAAGUGUUAGAAGGGACCACUUAUGAGUCAGGUAUUGGGCAUACCACUAAUGUAGAUGUUGAGCAGUUACCUGAAGCAGUACCCCGUGGGAAAUUCGCGACUGUAUCAGCUGGCAAAGAAGCUACGGUUAUUACAUUUGACUUGGAGACAACAGACCUAAUACGUGGAGGAAAAAUGCCACAUAUCACACAGAUUGCAGCUUCAGAUAUGGAAACAGGAAAGGGAUUCUCAACCUAUGUACUUCCAAAAGUACCAAUCUCAACUACAGCUCAACAGGUUACUGGUAUCAUAGUUAAUAAUAGUGGUACAAUGACGGUCAAUGGGAAACAAGUUCAGCCUGAAACUGUUCAGUUUGCAGUUGACAAGUUUUGUAAAUGGCUCAGUGGGUUUCCCAAUGUAUUCCUUCUAGCGCAUAAUGGAAGAAGAUUUGAUUUUCCCGUAUUUUCAUCUGCAUUGAUCAACAUCCAGUGUGAAGCACAAUUUUUCAACUGUGUAUCAGGUCUUAUUGAUAGCCUACCUGUCUUCAAGAAGGCCUUUCCUGGACAAUCGUCAUACAAGCAAGAAGAAUUAGCCAAGACCUUUUUGCACUCAUCAUAUGAAGCACACAAUGCCAUAGAAGAUGUAAAGGUCCUUGGUAAGCUUGUAUCUCACACAAAGAUGAAAAUUCAGGAACUUGCUAGGUACAGUUUCCCACCAUCAGCAGUCCACAAUCUACUUCUCUUCAACAAAGAAAAGGCCAAACAUAUCAAAACACUCCAUUCUCUCUUAGCCCAAGGUGUCAUGAAAAUGUCAAUUGCCGAGAAAAUUGCCGGAUCAGGACUGAAUCUGGGUCACCUGCGCAAAAUUUUUCAGCGUGAUGGAGAAGAUGGUCUUCGCAAUACUUUUACAUGUAAAAACUCUGAGGGACAGCCACGUGUGACAGAUGUAAAGAAAACCCUUGACGAUGUCAUUCCGAAAUUAGUGCUCUUUUUCUGAACAAGGACUAAACCAAGCAACAGAUGGUUUGUUCUUUCAAAUUUGUCAUCUUCUGAUGGUUAUGUUAGUCAGAAAUCGUUUCUGUUCAGGUCUGACUGAUAAACUUGAUGUUGAUGUAUAUGUGAAAAUAGAAAUGCUUGACGACAUGAUUUUGUUGUCUCUGGGUGCAGAUGUUCAUGACUAAGUUGAUUAUGAUACUUGGAAUACAUGAUACUGUCUCUUUGAAUUUUAGAGAAACACCUGAUGUAUAUGUAUGUACUAGACACAUACGCUCUUCUGCUCCCAAUUUGUACAUUGUAAAUUGUGUAUUCGUGAGUACUGUAUCGCAUGCUUUCAUUGUAUAUGGUCACGUAAUAUAAAUAAUGUAUUGUAAAUAGUGUAUUUGCCUAUCUAUCAUCUUUGCUUUCAAAUCUGUAAGAAAUACAGAAAUGUAUUUAUUCAUUCAUAUCUUUAUUAGAAAUGACUCAUUGACAUGUACAUGGGUUUGACAUUUCAAUUGU